GUAUUGCAAUUAAUGAAUUACCUAAACUGAUUAUUGAUCUUCAAAAGUCCAAAUAUUACGUAUCAAAAAUUUUUAAAAAAUUCCAUCUCGAAGAAGUGUCAUCUCAAGAAACCUUUAAAGGAGAACGAACUUUUGAAAAGGAAACUUUUAUACAUAGAGAGCAUGCUGCAAGAUAUGUAUAUGGAUUGGGAAAGUUUGAACAAUGUGAUAAAACUUCUACAGAAAUGAUACCACAAGAUUUGUAUAUGGAUGUACAUGAGGCUAAAAUUUUCAUCCUAGAUCUGGAAAAUUUGAAUGAUGAGAAAUAUUCACCAAAAGUAAUGAAAAGUUCAUCGUGCAUAG